AUGGCAGGCAUUAAAAAGGAUUUUGUACUUGCAAGCGAUUUUGACAUUAAAAAAUCAGUUCAUAGUAAUUUGGGAAAAGUUGAAGCUGUGUUGGUUGUAUUCAUGGACGAAGUUGAGUCAAGGUGA